UGACGCUAAGCCACCAUAACCAAAAACCAGCAUGUAUGGAACAAAAGUUUUUUAGCCAAGUGUUCCGGCGAACACAUUUUCAGGACGGACCUAGCUGCGUUCUCUGAACUGAUCAUUUUGGUGACGGAGUCGGUGUCAAGCUCCGCGUAGAACCAGAGAUGCCCAAAAAGAAAACCGGUGCCCGAAAAAAGGCUGAAAAUCGGAAAGAGCGAGAGAAGCAAAUACGAGCCAACAGGGAACAUGUUGACGUGGCCAAACACCCCUGCAACUCCAACAUGGAAUGUGACAAAUGUCAGAGAAAACAGAAGAACAGGGCUUUCUGUUAUUUCUGUAACUCGGUGCAGAAGCUGCCUGUCUGCGCUCAGUGUGGUAAAAUGAAAUGUAUGAAGUCAUCGGAUUGUGUUGUCAAACAUCCAGGGAUCCACAGCACUGGAAUGGGCAUGGUGGGCGCAGUGUGCGACUUCUGUGAAGCUUGGGUGUGCCAUGGUCGGAAAUGCCUGAGCACUCACGCCUGUUCAUGUCCUCUGACUGAUGCCGACUGCAUCGAGUGUGAGCGCAGUGUCUGGGAUCAUGGAGGGCGAAUCUUCCGCUGUUCCUUCUGUCAGAACUUCUUAUGUGAGGAUGAUCAGUUUGAGCACCAGGCAAGCUGCCAGGUUCUUCAAGCAGAAACAUUCAAAUGUGUUUCCUGUAAUAAACUGGGACAACACUCCUGUCUGCGGUGUAAGGCUUGUUACUGUGAUGAUCACACUAAGAGUAAAGUCUUCAAACAGGAGAAGGGAAAAGGUCCUCCGUGUCCCAAAUGUGGUCACGAGACACAGGAGACCAAAGACCUAAGCAUGUCAACGCGCACCUUGAAGUUUGGUCGACAGGCCGGUGCCGACGAUGACGACGGUUACUACGAUGGCGCGUCCGGGUACGAUGCCUACUGGAAGAACGUAGCAUCCGGUGGUGGAGACCAACGAGACGACUACGGAGAAGACGAUUACUACGAGGAAGACGAGGACGAGGAGGAUGAGGACGAAGAGGAAGAAGAGGAGGAGGAAGAAGAUGAAGAGGGCGAACAAGAAACUGCGUCCGAGUCGCUGGCUGGUCUUAAAUUGGAUGGUGCUGCUGCCUAAGCUGAUGGUGACUGAUGAGCUGGAGCAGCUGGAGCACGCAGUCCUGUAAACCCAAAGGAUCCUCAAGAAAGCUCCUCAAGAAUUUAGAUGCACAAUUAAGACUGGAGAUGAAUAUUAAAGCUGAUAUGUUUUAACUUUCCAUAUGUUACUUUGAAAAAGAAAAGAAAAUUUUUUAAACAAUAUUGAAGCAGCUGUAUAGCGACAAAAUGAAUAAAAGACUCAAAUAACAGUUUCAAUUUAAUUUCAGUUUCAUAAAUUAAAUACCUGCUAAUAUUAUAAACCUGGCUAAAAAAUUUUGAUGGUGCUCAGAAAGCUUUAAGUGCCCUGCUUUCUCCUCUGUUUUUACAGUCAAGCCUGGGUUAAGUUAUGAAACUGCUUCUUUGCAGUGAAUUUUGAUACAGGAGCAAAGGCUGAUCUUUGUGUUGCCACGCUCCAACAGUUGUCACAUUCGCCUACUGUGUGAACGGUUCCUGGAAACUCAAGAAGACACUUCACCCAUUGCAUACUGGUAGUGGCAGCUGUGGCUACAAUGUAGCUUGCCAUCACCAGUGUGAAUGGGUGAAUGACUGAAUGUAGUGUAAAGCAAUUUGGGGUCCUUAGGGACUAAGUAAAGCGCUAUACAAAUACAGGCCAUUUCAAGAAGACGAUGUUACUCCUCUUGGUGGCGUGAAGCUGGCAUACGUAAGAGGGUUGUUUAUGUCAUAUGGCGGUCAACUUUGAAAUAGCUUUUAAAAAUUUUUUUUAUUUGGUUUCUUAACUUCUUUCAAACGAGGGGGCAAUUGGCUGUCGGACAAAUACUCAUUCAGAUCUUAUGAAUUUGCCUAGAUUUUUUUACAAUCAGGGUCUGAUUGUAAGACUGUCCUUCCAUAUUUUUUGAAUUCCACCUGAAUCCACCCAAAACUGCAGAAUAUACAAUAAAUUUUCAAUAAGUCAUGAUUUUAAAGCUCUGGCUUGUCUUAAAUAGUCCAAACAGCAAAACUUAAGUGUUGGCUGUUCACCACAGUUUGCCUCGAGACUUUCAUCUUCCUGUUUAUGAAAAACUUCCUCAACUCACUGGCCCCUAUGUUUAUAUCCAAAAUAAGUCGUUCUGUUUCAGCUUGGCCAGCUGUAAUAAUAAACACAUUAGCUGGAAUGACUUGCCUAAACCAUUAGCUUCACUGCUUUUUUUUUCUGAUCCAGGCAAAUUGGCGGCCACUGAAGUGAGUUCUUCUGUGGCUUAUGAAUAAAGCAUAACCUGUCCUCAUUGUCUGUGUUGUUUAAUGACUAUUGAUCUGCUGGAGAGCCUUUUUGUGGCAUCUUCCCUCAGUGCAGUGGUUUGUCCUGAUGUUUGAAAUAAACUGCAAGGCACAUUUGUGUUAAAAAAAAAAUCAAUUUAAAAUGAAAUAAAAUCCCUCUUGAAUGUG